CUUAAUUAACCAUUUUCCGAUUUCCAGAUAGUUUUCCCUGUAAAAUUUAACUAUAUAUUAGUUUAUGAUUUAACACACAAUAUUGAAAUUAUUUAAAAUGACGCUCCUUAAUUUAUAUCGAAUAUCUAAUUUGUCGAAAUUGGGAAACGUGUUACAAAUCAAAAAUUUUUCCUCACACAUAAAAUAUGCCGAACACAAGAAACUUGAGAAAAUCAGAAACAUUGGUAUUUCUGCCCACAUUGAUUCCGGUAAAACCACAUUGACAGAAAGAAUAUUAUUCUACACAGGGAGAAUAGAUCAAAUGCAUGAGGUAAAAGGUAAAGACAAUGUUGGAGCAGUUAUGGACUCCAUGGAAUUGGAAAGACAGAGAGGUAUCACAAUACAAUCAGCUGCAACUUACACUAUCUGGAAAGACCACAAUAUAAACAUCAUUGAUACCCCUGGACACGUAGACUUUACGGUAGAGGUGGAGAGAGCUCUGAGGGUGUUAGACGGAGCUGUUCUAGUGCUAUGUGCAGUCGGUGGUGUCCAAAGUCAGACGUUAACUGUUAACCGACAAAUGAAGAGAUAUAAUGUACCAUGCUUGGCAUUUAUUAACAAGCUGGACAGACUGUAUGCUAAUCCCGACAGAGUUUUGAAACAAUUGAGAUCUAAAAUGCACCAUAAUGCUGCAUUUAUUCACCUACCAAUUGGUCUGGAAAAGGAAUGCCAGGGUAUACUGGAGCUGAUUGAGGAGAGGGCUGUGUAUUUUGAUGGAGAUUAUGGUGAAAUUGUCAGAUAUGAUGAGAUUCCACCAGACAGAAGGACAGAAGUUAAAGAGAGGAGACAUGAGCUUAUUGAGCAUUUAUCUAAUGUUGAUGAUAAAUUAGGUGAAUUAUUCUUGGAAGAGAAAACACCAACAGUUGAGGAUAUCAGACAAGCAAUACGUAGGACAACUCUAAAGCGUGCAUUCACGCCUGUAUUGCUCGGAACUGCAUUAAAAAAUAAAGGCGUACAGCCGUUGCUUGAUGCUGUAUUAGAUUACUUACCGAAUCCGGGAGAAGUAGAAAAUGUUGCUAUGCUGGAUGAGAAGAAAGGGUCUGAGGGUAAAACAAUAGUUUUGGACCCAGCUAGAGAUGGCUCAAAACCAUUUGUGGGAUUGGCUUUUAAGUUGGAACUAAGCAAGUUUGGACAGCUGACAUAUUUAAGAUGUUACCAAGGAGUACUCAAGAAAGGAGAUUAUAUAUUUAAUGCCAGAACCAGUCGAAAGGUGAAAGUCUCCCGUUUAGUCCGUAUGCACUCGAAUAACAUGGAGGAAGUCAAUGAAGUGUAUGCUGGUGACAUCUUCGCUCUGUUCGGUGUGGACUGUGCCUCCGGAGACACAUUUGUCAAUGACAGCAAGCUGCAACUGUCCUUGGAGUCUAUACACAUACCAGACCCUGUAGUGUCCAUGUCAAUCAAACCAAAGAACAAUAAGGAUAGAGAUAACUUCUCUAAGGCUGUGGCUAGAUUUACAAAAGAAGACCCGACAUUCCAGUUUCGAUAUGACGGUGACAACAAGGAGACGAUCGUGUCGGGCAUGGGCGAGCUGCACCUCGAGAUCUACGCGCAGCGCAUGGAGAGAGAGUACAACUGCCCCGUCGAGCUGGGGAAACCUAAAGUUGCAUUCAGGGAGACCCUAAUGUCCCCGUGCGCGUUCGACUACCUUCACAAGAAGCAGUCUGGCGGCGCGGGACAGUACGCCCGCGUCUCCGGCAUCAUCGAGCCGCUGCCGCCACACCAGAACACCGUAUUGGAGUUCAGCGACGAGACGGUGGGCACGAACAUCCCGAAACCGUUCGUGCCGGGCGUCGAGCGCGGCUUCCUCGACAGCUGCCAGCGUGGCAUGCUCUCCGGACAUAAGGUGUCGGGCGUCCGGUUCCGGUUACAAGAUGGUGCCCACCACAUCGUAGACUCCAGCGAGUUGGCCUUCUUCCUGGCAGCUAAGGGCGCGGUUAAAGACGUGUUCGAGGAAGGCGCAUGGCAGGUUCUGGAACCCAUCAUGUCUGUAGAAGUGGUAUGCGGGGACGAGUCUCACGGCGCGGUGGUCGGCGCGCUCAACAAACGCGGUGGCAUCGUCACCGGCACAGAGGGCGCUGAGGGCUGGGCCACUAUAUACGCUGAAGUGCCGCUGAACAAUAUGUUCGGAUAUGCUGGAGAGUUGAGAUCCAUGACACAAGGUAAAGGCGAAUUCAGUAUGGAGUACAGCCGGUACUCGCCGUGCCUGCCCGACGUGCAGGAUCAACUCAUCCGGAGAUACCAGGAGGAGAUGGGUGUAUUACCCGACCAGAAGAAGAAGAAGAACUAGCCGCCUACUGUAAAGUAAUUUAUUAUACCAUAAGUUAGCUAAAUAAAUGUUUAUAUAAUUUGUUGGCGGUUUUAGUUACGGAUAAAGGGAGUCAAGUAUUGUG